UGUCGCGUGUCAGAGCACAGAUCGCUUAUACGCCGCGGUUAACCACUUUGGAUAUAUCCCAACACAAAGGAUUACAGCUUUAACUCUUUGUUUUAGGCCCCAAGCUAAAAAACCAACUGCAUUCAAGAUGAUGAUGCUACAUCCCACACCAGACCAGCGCGUCAGCAUACGCGAGGAGUUGCGCGAACCUGAGGAUCCUGCAGAUAUUGAGCGCGACAUUAAGCUGAUACGCGAAUGGCUAGAGACGCAGCCACACUUGCCCAAGGACAUGGAUGAUAUGCGUUUGACGACCUUUUUGCGCGGCUGCAAGUUCAGUCUAGAGAAGGUGAAGAAGAAGCUGGACAUGUACUAUACCAUGCGAAAUGCUGUGCCCGAAUUUUUUUCCAAUCGUGAUAUUAAUCGUGAGGAGCUGAACAUAGUGCUGGAUUAUGUGCACUGUCCCACACUGCCUGGCAUUACGCCCAAUGGACGUCGCAUUACCUUUAUACGCGGCAUUGACUGUGAUUUUCAGCCCCAUCAUAUACUCGACGCCAUGAAGGUGGCCCUCAUGAUUGGAGAUGUACGUCUGGCCGAGGAGAGCGUUGGCAUUGCGGGUGACAUUUUCAUUUUGGAUGCGUCGGUGGCCUCAGCCUCACAUUUUGCCAAAUUCUCGCCGACGGUAGUCAAAAAGUUUCUGAUUGCCGUACAGGAGGCCUAUCCGGUUAAGGUUAAAGAGGUGCAUGUCAUCAACAUUUCGCCGCUGGUCGACACCAUCUUCAACUUUGUGAAGCCGUUCGUCAAGGAGAAGAUACGCAGUCGCAUCACCUUCCACAACGAUGUGGAGAGCCUCUACAAGGUGGUGCCUCGUGAGCUGCUGCCAAACGAAUAUGGCGGCAAGGCAGGUAACAUUGUCGAGCUGAAUCAAUGGUGGAAGCAGAAGCUGGCCGACAACACCAAAUGGUUCAAGGAGCAGGAGGACAAGAAGGCCAACGAAUCAUUGCGUCCGGGCGCACCAAAGACCAGUGAUGAUCUCUUCGGCAUGGAGGGCACCUUCAGGCAGCUAAACAUCGAUUAGGCUGCCAGCGGCAUACGCAGAGAUUAUCCAUCCAUUUUUUCCCCAUAUGCGUUUUUUAUCCAUUUUGCAUAAACUUACUUAUAUAUAUUGUAUUAUAAUACCUUCCUUUUUCCAAUUCCACAUUCAUUCGCGCAUUGCAAAUAUUCGUUAGCUUUUUACGCUUCAUUUCUGCUCUGUCUCAUACGUAAA